CAACCCUAGUUCGAGUUCCAUUUCUGUGAUCUUGACCUCAAUCUUCUUCUCAAUAUUUUAGCUAGGGCUUAGGGUUUUACCCAGAUUUAUCAAUCCAUCGGAGAAGAUGAAAUCUCUCCUCCUCUCUCGACAAGCGAUCCGUCGCAUUUCACUCUCAUCUCCAAAAACCCCACCUUUCUUCAGAAACUUCUCCGCCGCCGCACCGUCGAUUUCUCGCUCCGAUCGUCAUCUGAGAAGCUACGACGAACCAAUCCCUAGACCCGUUUCGUCAUCCUUCACUCGCCAUUUCCACUCCACGCUCGAGUCCCGCCUCAGCGACUCCACCGCCUCCUCCCAGAUUCACGAGGAGGAGGAAGACGACGGGACCACGAACGAGUUCCUCUCCCGAUUCGUCUGGAUAAUGCGCGGGAAAGUCUCGGAAGCCUUCCCGGACUCCGACAAGAAGAUGGUCGACGGGAUGCUCCUUCUCAUCGUGGAGAAAGUCGUGGCGGAGAUCGAGAGAGGCGGGUUCAGCAAGGUCGGAGGAUCAUCGUCAUCAGCGCCGCCGCCGUCGCCGUUGUCGGAGUUCAGCGACGAUCUGUGGGCUACGAUCUGGGAAGUGAGCAACACGGUGCUGAAAGAUAUGGAGAAGGAGAGGAAGAAGGAGAAGAUGAAGGUGUACGUUCAGUCUCCCGAGGUGAUGGAGAUGUGUAGGUUCGCUGGGGAGAUUGGGAUCCGUGGGGACUUGCUUAGGGAGCUUAGGUUCACAUGGGCGAGGGAGAAGAUGGAGGAAGCUGAGUUUAACGAGAGCUUGGAACAGAUGCGUGAUUUGGACAGUUCUAUUCGAGAAUCCGAAACAGUGGAUGCUGAUGAGGAAGGAGAAGAGUCUGUUGUUGACUCUGAUGAAGCUCAACCUCGGAGUAUCUCUCUUCCUAAGCGUAAGGGGAAGUUCAAGUACAAGAUCUACGGGCUUGAGUUGUCUGAUCCGAAAUGGGGUGAGGUGGCUGAUAAGAUCCACGAAGCUGAGGAGGAAGCUGAUUGGAGAGAGGCCAAACCUGUUACUGGAAAAUGCAAGUUGGUUAUGGAGAAGCUUGAGUCUUUGGAGGAAAAGGAUGAUCCUUCAGGGUUGAUUGCUGAGUGGGUUGAGUUGUUGGAGCCUCAACGUGUUGACUGGAUUGCUUUGCUUGAUCAGUUGCGAGAUGCAAACACCAAUGCAUACUUAAAGGUGGCAGAACAUGUCCUGGAUGAUAAAUCGUUCAGGGCAAGCAUCUCAGACUACUCAAAGCUCAUUCAUAUCCAUGCCAAAGAGAACCACACAGAAGCUGUUGAGAGGAUCCUAAAGAAAAUGUCUCAAAACGGGAUCUUUCCAGACAUUUCAAUCGCGACUGCAUUGAUUCAUCUUUAUAGUAAGUCAGGUAACCUCGAGCGAGCAACGGAGGCGUUUGAAAGCUUGAAGAGCUACGGUUUGCGUCCAGACAAUAAGAUCUACACAUCGAUGAUCAUGGGCUACGUGAACGCUGGCAAGCCCAAACUAGGCGAGAGGUUGAUGAGAGACAUGGAUGCAAGAGACAUGAAGUGUUCGGACGAAGUCUACAUGGCCAUGCUACGAGCUUUUGCGCAGACGGGAGACGCCGACGGAGCUGCAGGGAUUUUCAACUCGAUGCAGCUUGAUUUCAAGGAUACAAACUGCUUCGAAGCUUAUGGCUUGCUCGUGGAAGCGUACGGGAGAGCAGGGAAAGCGGAUAAAGCCAAAAUCAACUUCGAUCAGAUGAGAACGCGCGGGUUCAAACCCGAUGAUAAGUGCAUUGCCAAUAUGAUCAGAGCGUAUAAGAGAGAGAACUCGUUGGAUAAAGCUCUGAGACUAUUGCUGCAGCUCGAGAAAGAUGGGAUUGAGAUCGGUGUGAUCACUUACACGGUUCUUGUUGAUUGGAUGGCUACUCUCGGGCUUAUCGAGGAAGCGGAGCAGCUUCUGGUUAAGAUCUCUCAGCUAGGGGAAGCUCCACCGUUUGAGCUCCAGGUGAGCUUGUGUUAUAUGUACUCUACUGCUAGAAACGAGAAGAAGACUCUUCAGGCUCUUGGGGUUUUGGAAGCUAAGAGAGAUCAGAUGGGACCUAACGAGUUUGAGAGAGUGAUCACUGGGUUGAAGACCGGUGGGUUUGAGAAAGAUGCGAGGAGGAUGUUUAAGCAUAUGGAAGCUCGGAAGUUUUUGCCUUCGGAUAGAUUGAAGAUCGAUAUGGGGGCAUCACCAUCGUUUGGGUCCGGAUUUAACAGAGUGAGACGAUAGAAGAUGUUUCAAAGUGAAAGGAACUUUUGAAGCUUUCAUCAUUCCUCCAGAGUUUAAUGUUGUGAGUGAACUCACGUUUCAGAGUUUUAUGUUUCCUCCAUUGAUUUUAAAACUGUAGUAGUUGUGUUGUGUAAUAAUCUUGUUCCUUUGGAAUUUUGGAAACCAUUCGCCGGUUCAUUUUCUAUUCUACAGGUUCGAGUUUCCAAGAAA